AUGGAGGAUCAACAACCGAAGCCAAACGCAUUUAUAAGAGGCAGUAGAAAUAAAAUAAUAUGACAUUAAUA